AGUGUUCUGCAUCUGUUCUCUUCCUCCAUCCCCAAAGCACUCCCAGGACAGAUACUUCAGGGCAUCCUGCCGUUGCUUAAUAUCUAUUACCUGGAAAGGAUUGAGGAAACUGCUGUGAAAAAAGGACUCUCAACCGAGCCAGUAUGGCACAAACUGUGGAAUGAUGUGAUGAAAAUCAGACCACCCAAGUCAGAGAACAUAGCAAGCUGGAGGAAGAAAUUCCUUGAAACUUUCUUCUCGAAUGUCCUGCAUGGAGUUUUGGAUGUUUCUUCAGAUCAGCGCCUGAGUGACCAGCGGUUUUCGCCCCUACUCCUCAGCUCCCGGCAUGUUACACAGCUCACCAUCUGCAAUAUGCUGCAGGGGGUAGCAGAGCUCACUGCUCAGCCCAACCAAAGAGUGCUAGAAAACCUGGCCGGCUCCCUGAGAACCUUGAAAUUCCGUCAUUUGCUGACCUCUGAUCUGUCCAUUAGACAGUCCCUGAGCUUGCUGCUCCAUCGUCUGAUCCACCAUGGAGCGGUCAGCCAGGUGUCCAUGUGUUCCUGGCCUGUUCCCGACAAAAUACUUUUAGUCCUCAUUCUGACCAUGAGUGCUGGGUUUUGGCACCCAGGUAGGACACUUGUGGACCAGGGCCGCCCUUGCAGUCUUUGCAGAGAGGAGUCUGGUACCCAAAGCCCGUUAACUCUAGAGGAUGAUGCCCUGUUCAGGUCAAACCAGCUGUGCUGCGGAUCCACCCAGCAGUCAGAGCCAGGCCAGCAAUCAGAGCCAGGCCAGGGGGGUGAUCGUGAGACCAGAAGCAAGACAGUCCAAUUUGUUUCACCCAAACUGCUUCUAGAAGCUGAUCCUGACUCUCACGCUUCUACCGAACUGUCCAGGAGCAGUAGUUGCACUGUUAAAACCCCAGUGCUCUGUGGCUCGAGGAGCCAUCCUUUGCAAAACCUCGCCUGCCCUGAUGUACGCUACAAAGUACCCCCCGGACAUUGCAACCUGAAAGACUCUUCUUCUUCCCUCACGGAAAGGUGUUCGGCUAGCCCCACUUUCCAAAAGCCCUAUAGACGGUUCAAGCCUCCAGUGGGGAGGAAGCGCCGCUGCCCCAGGAGAAGCCGCAGAGCUCACGCAGAUCCGGAAGACCUUUAUGAUUUUGUCUUCGCCGUUGCUAGGGAGGAGGAGGAAAUAGCAGAGUCCCUCUACGAAAGCGGUGCGCAGGAGGGGGAAACCAUUGAUGGCUGGGCCCCUUCUGCAGCAGACACUCCUAGCUUGGAGGGCAUUGGCUGCACAGGAGGAUCUGUUGGGAUCCUUCCUCUGAAACCGGCAUGCCGCUUCCGAAGUGUGUCUGCCCUGGAAUUGUUCUCCAUCCCGCUGACCGGGGACACCUGUCGGACUUUGGGUAACCUGUUGAGCUCUUGGGCAUCUCUAGAAAAGCUGGUUCUGUCUUACAAUGGCCUGGGCGCUAAUAUCUUCUGCAUCCUGUCUGGGCUCCGGGCCCUCUCUCACCGCAGUGAUGGCAGCCUCCAGGUGGUGCGCGUAAGCGACGUGUUUUCACACAUCGCCUCCGUGGAGCUUGUGUGGUCCAUCCUGAGUGCCUACCCUCGCCUUCACACGCUCUCCAUCAGCUUUGAUCUCAAAAACCAGCUGGAGGGGAACAGGCCGGAAGGGCAUUGGAGCUCCUUGGAGGCAGAAAUUCCAGAGAGCUGUCUGGAGCAGUUAGAGAUCCGAUUCCCCCGAGAAGCUCUGCAGACCAGUCUCCUUUUGCCUGUGCUGAAAGCCUCAAAAUCUCUCCAGCAGUUGUCCCUGGACAGCGCUACAGUUUCUUGCCCCCUGGAGUUUGGGCUGCUUCUGCAGACACUCAAAGAGUGUAACCCGGGCCUGAAGAGACUGAGCUUCCAUGAUGUGAACCUUGCCGACUACCAGAAGGAAGUUCUCCUCCUGCUCCAAGAUCCUGUCCUUCAAGAAAUUACAUUUUCCUUUUGUCGGCUGUUUGAAAACUGCACCCCUGAGUUUCUAUCUGACAUCAUCACAAUAGUGAAGAGCAAUUCAACUCUGAAGAGCCUCAAGCUGCCUGGGAACAGACUUGGGAAUCACAGGUUGGUGGCCUUGGCUGACAUUUUCUCUGCAGAUUCUUCCUCGGCCAUCUGCCAGCUGGAUGUCAGCUCAAAUUGCAUCAAGCCAGACGGGCUCCUGGAGUUUGCAAAGAAGCUGGAGAGCCACAUCCUGCAGAGGGGCGGGCAGAUCAAGUUCACCCACCUCCGCCUCUUUCAGAACUGGUUGGACCAAGAUGCUGCAACCGCUCAAGAGGCGCUUCGUCGUCUCAAAGCCGUGUGCAGCGUGGUGAGCAACACGUGGGACUCAUCGCAGGCCUUCGCUGACUACAUUAGUGUGAUGUAACGCGCACCCACGCUCUGCUGUACCAGCGUGACACUUAAAAUAAAGUCGUAUAGAACAGUG